UUCCACUGCUGUAAAUAAUUUUAGGAUACUUUCUUCGUGACGUGAAAAUUACUAGCUAUGGCCCACUAUUCCAAAGUAGACCUUGAUGAAGAAUUUGAACGGUUUAUGAAGGAGCUUUCAGACGAUUCUUUUGAAAAUUCAAAUGAAACACCUAGCCAGCCUAACAAAGACAUAAAGAAGAAAGACGUGGCCCCUUGGUGGAUAGCUGAAGAUGGUUUUGAAGACGAUGGACUGCUUGGGACAAAUGUGAGCUAUUUGAAGACAAAGAAGACAUAUCAACCUAUUACGGACAUGGAAGAGGAAACUGAAAAAGUCCAGUUUCUUAAGAGCAGUGGAACCUCCGUCUUAAGUGUUGACAGCUUAGAAGCUAACGAAUUGGUUGCUUGUGAGCUCCAUCAUAGCACUCUUGGUUUGGGCCUGGACACAUUAGAAGAACAAGAGGAGAAAGAGCAGUUCUUUGCCAGGCUUGAGAAAGGCUUGACAUCUUCUAUUGAUUAUUCAAAAUUAAAUCAAGAACUGGAUUCUGACGACUCUGCACAAUUCAGAGUUUUACAUAGAUAUCAAGGUAAUGCAGAACUAGCUGAAGGUGGACGUGAGAAUGAAUCAGAACACGAGGAACUGCCAGAAACAUACAGUGAUGAUUUUGAAGAUGCUGAGGAUACUGAUGAACCUUUGAUUACUAAAGAUGAAGAGACCCGUCCCAAAGAAAACUCUGAGUCAGGAAAAGGCAGCUUUCCCAACCAGGAGGAAGAGAAAACUGGCAUGCUGGCUAAUGUGGUGCUACUUGAUUCUUUUGACUCUGUCGAGGAUGUUGACCUUAACAAUCACGAGAGACCAACCCCUAAGGCAAAGGCCCUCCCAGAAAUGGCAGGCGGUGAACUAGCAGAAACAGGUGUUCCUUAUGGACAAAGCAGUGGUGACACAGAAGCCCUGCACCAGGCUUACCGUCACGUAGCUCAUUCUCUGGGAGAUACAGGCGAGCCGAGAAUUGAGGCUAGUCCUGUGAACAAUGUCAGGAGCUCUGCAAAAGAUGGUCUUCAAGAAAAUGAGGAGUCUUCAAAGAACAUCUCUACCGCCGAGUCUGAUCUUCCCACAGUAGAGGAGCUGAUGAAGCCUAUCAGGAUAGAUUCCUAUGGGAUCAGGGGCUUUGACUUGCAGCCUGUCAGCCUUCAGAAAGCAGUGGACAGUAAAGAAGCAGAGUGUGUGAGCUCUUUACCCCUGACAGUGAACACAAACGCCACGUCUCAAGACACUAGGCACGUGAGCCCAUUUCCCCACGAGCACGAUGAGAGUGUGGUUCUACACAGGACAGCGGGGGAGGGUGUGGGCAGCAGCUGCCCAGCCACAGAAGAGCAUUUGGACAAAAUGUACCUGGAGAUUCUGAGGAAGAAAACAUCUGUUAAUCCUUCACUGUUACCUCAGGACAACAAAGCUAACCAGACUUCCAGGUCCCAGCUCAGUGCUGGGGGAGAGGCGCCUGUCACUGGUAAACAGGUUCCACGUAAGAAGGCCAGAAGUGCACCUCCUUUGCCUAGGAGAAAGCCACAGACUGGGCUGUACGCGUCAGCUCGGAGCUCAGGCUACGGCAAACCUAGUUCACCACUCCAGUUCUUUUCAGCUCUUGAAAAGAAAACGUCCAAGGAUAAUAUAAAAACUAAAAAUGUGAGACCCAUUCCCACCUCAAAUCAAUUUAGAAAAAGAGAAAUACUAUCUGGAACAAAGCUCAUCAAGCCUGCAGCUUUGAACAAACCAUCCCCUCCCCGCGAAGGCAGCCCAGCUACACCUAAGAGGCACGAAGACCCCUCAGAGGAUUCCUUUGUUCAGCUACAGACUGAAACUUUGGGAUCCUAUGAUGGGAACAGAGAAAAAGAAUUACUAAUGUUGAAAAGAGCUCAGGAUGCUGAGGAAAAAUGGAGGGGCGCCCAAGCGCUAAUCGAGCAAAUUAAAAUGACGUUCUCUGAGAAGGAGAAGGAGUUGGAGAACACAGUGGAAAGCCUAAAGAGGCAGCAGGAGAGAGAGCUCUUCAAACUGAACCAAGAAAAUUACAUUCUUCAAGCCAAGUUAAGUAGCUUUGAAGAAACAAGCAGAAAACAGAGGUGGCUACAAUUUGGAGAAACAUCUGACCCUCUCACUGAAGAGAAACUGAAACAAAUUCAAAAAGAAAUACAAGAACAAGAGACACUUCUUCAAGGCUACCAACAGGAAAAUGAAAGGUUAUAUAGUCAAGUAAAAGAUCUUCAGGAACAAAAUAAGAAAAAUGAAGAGCGGAUGUUUAAAGAAAAUCAGAAUUUAUUUAGUGAGUUGGCCUCUUUAAAAGAACAGAUGCACAAAAAUCAUUUUCUGCCUCAAGCAGUUGAAAAUACAGAACCGACCAAAAACCAGAGUUUUACAGAUCUUCUAGCAGAAUUACGGGCAGCACAGAAAGAAAAAAACCAUCUGAUGGAAGACGUCAAAAGACUGAAGCAAGACAAACAAGCUCUUGAAGUGGACUUGGAAAGAGUGAAGAGGGAGAGGGACCAAGCCAAAGAUCAAAUCGCCUAUACCACAGGUGAAAAAUUAUAUGAAAUAAAGAUUUUAGAAGAAACACAUAAGCAGGAAGUCAGUCGUCUACAAAAGCGGUUACAGUGGUACGCUGAAAAUCAGGAGCUUCUGGAUAAAGACGCAGCCCGACUCAGAGAGGCCAAUGAAGAAGCUGAGAGGCUGAAACUAGAGAUUGAGAAGCUGAAAACUGAGUCUGGGAGCCCAGCAACUCAGCAGAGGCUACGCUCAAAGGAAAGAGCUCUUGAUGCCAAAAGAAUUCAGGACCUGGAGCGGCAGGUUAAAGAAAUGGAAGGGAUUCUGAAGAGAAGGUAUCCCAACUCUUUACCCGCUUUGAUACUGGCUGCCUCGGCAGCUGGGGAUUCAGUAGAUAGAAAUACGGUGGAGUUUAUGGAGAGAAGGAUAAAAAAGCUAGAAGCUGAUCUGGAGGGCAAAGAUGAAGAAGCCAAGAAAAGCCUUCGCACCAUGGAACAGCAGUUUCAGAAAAUGAAGAUUCAGUAUGAACAGCGGCUGGAGGAGCAGGAGCAGAUGCUUGCCCACAGGCAGAGGGAAGCUCCACAGAACCAGCAUAACAGCUCAUCCAGGCUCAAGGCACUCGAGACAGAACUUGGGGGCAUAAAGGAAGCCCACGAGAUCACUGUAAGAAAGCUGGAGGCUGAGAUAGAUGUUCUUAAACAUCAGAAUGCUCACUUAGAGCACAAGAAGAAUGACAAAGAGGAUCAGGACCUCCAGUCCAUAGAGUUCCAGGUAGAGCAGGCGCAGGCUAGGGCAAAGCUGGCCAGACUCAAUGAAGAACUGGCGGCGAAAGGGAGAGAGAUACAAGACCUUACAAAAACUGUGGAGAGGCUCCAGAAGGAGAGAAGGAUGAUGCUGUCUAGGCAGAGUCCCAGAGGCAGAGAAGAGAUGGCUGCCAAAAGGCUGAAGAAAGAAAUUUUGCAUCCAAAUAGUGGAAAUGCAAAUGCCUUCUCUGAAACAUUGGGUGGCAAACUGUAUCACCCACACACCUUCACUGACUCUCACAUUUCGGAGGUCUUAGAAGAAAACUACAGGUUGAGAAGUGAGCUGGAGGGGUUGACUUUAGAGAGAGAGAAGCUGAAGACGGAAUCUGAAGCUGCCAUGUGCCAACUGGAAAGCUCCAUGAAAAGGGUCAAGGACGAUGCAGCAGCACACAUUGCAUCCCUCAAAGCAGCUCAUGAGAGGGAAAUAGAGAAACUCCUUUGCCAAAAUGCAGUAGAAAAUUCCUCUUCCAGAGUAGCUGAACUGAAUCGCAAAAUCGCAACUCAAGAGGUUCUUCUAAAACAUUUCCAAGGUCAAGUUAAUGAGCUGCAGGGCAAACAGGAAUCCCUUUCACUUUCUCAAGUUCGAGAAGAAAUCCUACAAAAACAGAUUACAAAACUCUUGGAAGAAUUGAAAGAAGCCAAAGAAAACCACACACCAGAGAUGAAACAUUUCAUGGGCUUAGAAAGGAAGAUCAAGCAGAUGGAGAUGAGGCAUAAGCAGAGAGAGCAGGAGCUCCAGCAGAUAAUACAGCAAACACGCCAAGUAGUAGAAACUGAGCAAAACAAAGAAGUUGAGAAAUGGAAAAGACUUGCACAGUUAAAGAAUCGGGAGCUGGACAAGUUCCGAACAGAGUUAGACUCCAUACUCGACGUUCUUCGGGAGCUGCACAGACAGGGGGUCGUUGUCCCGGUUGCUCUUGCAGAUGAAGAGAGCACAGCAAAAGAGUUUUAGUGGAACUUGGACCUGAGUGACCGAGUUGGAAGACAGGUGGAAACGUGCCGCUGUCAGGACAGCCACCACACAGCUAUGCGUGACCACCACCAGACUACCAUGUCAGAAUAAACUGCCAUGAACCAACAAGGAAAGAACAUACAUCUUGAUUAUCUUACUGAAAACCAUUAAACAUUUGAGAUGACCUUCGAGCAGGCUCCGUAAUGUCAGAAGACUGUGACUAGCAAGGUUUACGUGAAAGGGCUCCCUCCCAGGCUACAGCGGAAGAAGGGAGCACAUCUCCUCAGCCAUGUUUUAUAGAUUAAAUGACUUUCCAUUUUCUGUCUGACAGAAAGCUUUCUCAUGAAACAGGUAGGUGAAUGAGAGCCUCGUGCUGGGGACAGUCUUAUCGCUGGCUAUAGAGUGUCCUCAGGAACUUAGGUGACAGUUGAGGGCCUUCUGCACCUGAUACAAAGUGACAAGAAAUGGUACAGUUUAUGUAUCUCUUACUGGAGGGCAGGUCUAGUAAAUGACAAUCCAAAUUUUUGGCAGCUCUAAAGUUAUAAACAAUAUAUGAAGUUUUUCCUUUUCUGUUAAAAAAGAAAUAUUAUGUCCAAUGGAAAAAAUUAAAAUGUGCCUAAAAUAGCUAGUUUAUUUUAUAAUCCCGUUUGUACAAGUAGAUCAGAAAUGUAUAUGAUUUCUGUAAAUGAAAGCUGCUAGCGGUUUUUUCAAGUGUCUCUCUGGAGAUCGAGCUGUCUGUGGAGACACAUGUGGUGUCUGCACUGGGUGCUCCUGGUGAUCUGUGUGAGAGAAAGAGGCGGGUAAUCUGAAGACACCUGAGCUCCAGACAGUAUGACAAGAAGUAUGCAGUGAAUUUUAAUUUUUAGUCAGUUUAAAAUGGAAAGUGUAACUGUGAACUAAGUCUUUAGAAUAUAUUUUACAUUAUAGCACAUCUGGAUUUAGACUACAUUCCAACUGCCCAUACCAGUAAAUGCAGGCCUGAAAUGAAAUACAGUAAAUGCUUGCAAAGUAGAAUGUUUCAUAAGGGGUGGGUGAGCAAAUCUUAGUGAACUCAUGACCAAAGGUUGUGAUGUAAACCGCCUGUUUAGUAGAAGUGUAAUUGUCCUAAAGCCAACAUUUUAUCAUUUGUUUUCUUUCUGAGAGGGGAGUGAAAAAGCAUUAUCACUUUCAAUUUUUUCAUGUACAGCAUUUCAAAGUUAUAAUACAAAUAAUUUAUUUUAU